CAUUGUGCUGGGGAGAGAGAGGAGCUGUCUGUGAAUGGAUCUGGGAGAGAGAGGGGGAGAGGUAGAGGUGUCUCGGAGACUGUAAAUCAAUAGGAAAAGCCCUGUCCACACAGAGAAAGUACCUCACACCACAAAGACAUUGAUUUAUUUUUUCCUAGUCUUCAUCUUCCUUCUGUAAAGGGGGGAGCAAGAAAGCCCGAGAGAGAGAGCGAGAAAGAGAGAGGGAGAGAGAGAGAGGGAGAGACCGCCUCCUCAGCAUCCCUCAGACACAGCUUUAUCCUCUCGCACCAGCUAAGCUGGCUGUGUCUGAGAUGAUUCUUGCAUAUCAACCGUGCAGCUAUGGAUGCUGAUGAAAGCUUCCUUGCCACUUCUGGGCAGGAUGAAAGAAGCUCCUGGCCUCUGGACCUCAAUUUACCCCUUUGCCCAACAGCCACCAAAGAAACCCCUCUCCCCCCUCCUAACCCAUCUCCAGAAUUGUCCUCCUCGGCCUCCUCCUCUGUAUCUGCUGCUGGAGGAGGAUGUCAAGAUGUCAGCCCGACAUCCUCCUUGUUGCAGCCACCUGUGACUCCCAGUUCUCCACACCCAAAUUUUCUGCCAAAGCUUUCAUCUCCUGUACAGCCAAACUACAAGGAGGAAAAUGAGGACAGAGGGGAGGCCCUGGUGGGACAUGUGCUUUUUUCUAGUGAUGGAACUGUCUACCUCCUGAAAGGUGAGGAAGAGGAGGAAGGAGCUCUUCCUUCCCCAGCUUCACCACGGGACUCCCCUAAAAGCACAUUGUCGUCACAUCCUCCACUCACCUCUUUUCGUCUCACCGCCACCUACCAAGGCUUUCGCUCUAACCAAAUAUCCCUACAUACCUCAGCUGAGGCAGCCGAACUUACUCAACCGGCGCCUGGCAACUCGCCCAGAAAACAAGACCAACCCAAAGAAAAAGAAAUAGAAGGGCAUAAAGGGGAAGAUGAUUUUAGUCACAAAUCAACAGGGGAGACCAUAAGGACACAAAGAGUGGAUGGUACAUGGAUUUGUCACCCUUGCCAGCUUAAUUUCCGAAGUGGAAAGCAGCUGGGAUUGCAUGCUUCCCACUUCCAUGGGUUAGAUCACCCAUAUCAAGAUGAGUUGGCAUCAGGUGAUACCUCUGGUAUCAUUCAUAGAUCAAGUGGGCAAGUUUUUCUCAGCCUUUUAGAACCAAAAAAAAGCCACAUUGUGUUAGAUGCUGGCCAGGAGCCAGAGAAUGUUGCCCUUUCUGAUGUUCAAGACACCCCACUCUUAGAUGUAAUCCAAAGUGCAACUGAACAGUCUGGAACAUUAGAAGAUGUAGUGAAAGACACAAAACACGAUACCAAAAGUCAUGUGGCUUUUCAAGGGAAACCAGAAAGUCCUAAACUUUCUAUGGGCCUGGUGCCCAAUUCACCUUUAAGUUAUCACAAAUGUGAAUCCACAGGAACAUCCCAUUCAACUGAAGCCAAAGAUUCAAAGGCCAACAAAGAUGAAAAGAACAGUGCAGAGAACUGGUGCUCGGCAGGAACAGAGGCACUGGGUGAAGAUGUUGAGGGAGAGGUAGAGGAUAUGCUGGAAAGCAACCCCUCUGCCGCACAGACCUCAGAUAUAAAUGAGCAGCUACUUGCAAACCAAAGCUUCUAUGGUCCAAUGAUGACAAAUUCCUUGUUACAAAUGGGAGCUCUUCAUGGCUCUGACAAAGGGGGUAACCAAACAGAUGCAGAUCGUGGGCCUUUGGUCUUUGACGAAUGCACACCAUCCUCAGGCCCCCAAUCAUUCCAAAGUAUGUCUCUUCAAGGCCAGCUUUCUCUGCUACAUUCUCGCAAUUCAUGCAAAACUCUCAAAUGUCCCAAAUGUAACUGGCAUUAUAAGUACCAACAGACACUAGAUGUUCACAUGAAGGAAAAACAUCCCGAAAGUCACAGCCAUUGUUCUUAUUGCCACAGUGGCCAGCAGCAUCCACGCUUGGCACGAGGUGAAAGCUACAACUGUGGCUAUAAGCCAUAUCGUUGUGAGGCUUGCAAUUAUUCCACAACCACUAAAGGAAACCUCACCAUACACAUGCAGUCUGACAAACACUUGGCCAAUCUCCAAGGCUACCAAGGUUCAGGUCCUGCAGCCAAUACAUCACUUCCACCCGUAGCAGCACCAACAGUGAACACAGGACAAGGAGAAGGAAGUCAAACAUCACCCACUGACCGUCAACUUAAGCAAAAGGCAUCAUGGCACUGUAAAGUGUGCAAUUAUGAAACUAACAUUUCCCGCAACUUACGUAUACAUAUGACCAGUGAGAAGCACAUGCAGAAUGUACUACUGCUGCACCAAGGCCUGGGAAUGGGCCAAGACAACUUUCCAUUCUAUGGAACCCCACUUGCGCCAGAGCAGGGACUGGAGCAUCCACUUCUUUUCAAUCCCAUGCACUUCAGCUCGGCUGGCACUCAAGCUUGUAACCUUCUUACUCCAGAUCACCAACCAAAUUCACAAGUGAAUACCGUAAACCCUUCUGGAAUGGCCAUUCCUCCACCUCCAUCCUUACCAGAGUCAUCUCCAAGCCCUGAUGAAGAACUGUUACCUGGGGUAUUCCGCUGUUUGGUUUGCCGUUGUUUUACCACUGACAGUCUGGAAGGAUUACUUUCUCAUGCCAGUAGAGGCCGGUCUCUACCUGAGAGGGAAUGGAGAGAAGUCCGGGGAGACUUGCAUUGUUGCCGUCUUUGCUCUUACAGCACCCAACUUAAAGCUAACUUCCAACUGCACCUGAAAACCGACAAACACGCACAGAAAUAUCAGUUAGCGGCCCAUAUGAGAGAGGGAGGUGCAGCUUUGGCCACUGCUCAAGCUUCAGCUGCAGAGCUGCCCAUCAGCGGAUAUAGCCAGGCCUCUUCUUUCCCUCCUUUGCACCUGAGAUGUAACUUGUGUGGAUAUGAAAGCAACAGCAGAGAGAAAAUACAGCUGCAUGUGCAAGGAGGAGGGCACGAAGAGAGCCUGCGUGUCUACAAGUUUUUGCAGGCCAUCGAAGGCAUUGGUGGAAGUGAUGUGUGUUUUCGCUGUGCCCCAUGUGACAGCACCACGGGAUCUCGUCUUGGUAUGAUGUCACAUCUACGUUCUACAAGUCACCAUCAAAAUCUUACACAGUGGAGGUUGAUGAACGGUGAAGCUGUACUUGAAAGAAUUGUAACUGUCUGCAGGAGCCAACAGGAACCCAGUAAAGUCCCGAUGAACCCAGAGAUACCAUCAAAUCCUGACCCAGGAGGGGAAAAUACUAACACUGCCCAAGCUUCUGUACAGGAAGAGACAUCGAGGGCUGAAUGUGAAAAAGCUGCCGAAGGGACUACGGUUUUUUGCUGUCCAUUCUGUGCUUAUGUUAGCCCCUCUGAAGAACAGGUCCACAGUCAUGCUGUGUCUCAGCAUGCCCUUCAGCCUACUUUUCGCUGCCCAUUGUGCCAGGAACAGUUAACAGGAACUGGAAAUCUGAGAGGGCACCUGGGACAUGGACACAAUGUAGUGUCUGAAUGUGUAGAAAAGUUGUUACAGGUGGCACAGAAAGUUAACAUAACUUUUAGGACCAGAAUUAUUCCUGUGAGAAUAAUAGAGGAACCCGACCAGCCUGUCACAGAGAACACACCUUCUAGUGAAGUUGAAUGUUCCCCUCCAGAAUCCCCUGGUGAUAUUUCUACAAACCCUGCUGAGGCUGCUGACAUUGUAACAGAUAGUGAGAAAGCACAAGAUGAAACUUCCUGCCCCUUGUGUCCGGUGACUUCUGAAAAUUCACAAGACUUAAGAACACACUUAGAGAAGGAUCAUCCGGAGCUCAGUCAAUCUGAGAUUCAGCAAGCAUGUGAAAGUCGAGGCCGAGAAGUAGAUACUGUGGAGCAGGAGGAUAGAAAGGGCUCUCAAGAAAACACACCUGCUCAACCUCAACAAUCUACGUAUCGAAAAACUGCCAAUUUUGCUAUGGAUAAGUUUAUGGAUCCUUCAAGGCCUCAUAAAUGUGUAGUGUGCAAAGAGUCCUUUACCCAAAAAAAUAUUCUGCUUGUACAUUACAAUUCAGUAUCUCACUUGCACAAAGUGCGUAAAGCCUCACUUGACCCUUCCCUUUCUACCAGAAACGAGUCAGGAGUAGGAACCACAGGCCAUGGUGUACAGACAGGGCAAGACAAACCUUACAAGUGCACAGUGUGCCAUGUAUCAUACAACCAAAGCUCAACAUUAGAAAUUCACAUGCGUUCUGUUUUGCACCAGACCCGGUCCAGAAGCUCAAAGCAGGAUCCUUCCAAGACUUCAUCUGAAAAGCCUCAAAGAGACUCUGGAAUUAAAAGUGAGACUAUUACCGAUACUAGAGGAGAAACAGCAGAUACACAAGGAAUUGAUGUUACAAAAAAGAGACAACAGCAACUUGGACCAUGCAUGGGAGUUCCGCUUUUACCUACUACUGUUGCUCCUCCACCAAUGCCACUUUCAAUGGAUUUGUCUAGGCCACCACCUCUCGUUCAGCCUUCUCCACUUUUUGCACCAUCAUUACUUCCCUCAUUUCCACUGAUACCUGAAACCCUUUUGAAACUCCAGCGUCAACAGCAGCAACUUCUUCUUCCAUUCUACCUUCAAGAACUUAAAGUCAAUGGAGAUGGGAAUUCAGCUCCUUUACUGCCAUUUGGGGGUGCCCAGCAGCCUCCACCUGUCAAAGACGAAGGAGAUCAGCCCAGUGCAACUCCUAGACAAGCAAGUGAGAAGGAUGAAAAAGUGCCAGAUGAGCGUGAUGCGGCAACUGGAGAGACAAGUGCGUCACAAAAUCCAGAUUCUUCUUCCAAGGUUUCUGGAGACCCAACAGGGUCUGCAGCACGAGCUUUGCUAGAAAAAUUUGGCUUUGAGUUGGUCACACAAUACAAUGAGGGAAGGCAGCCAGUGACUUCCCAGGCUCAGCCUCAGCCACGGCCUCCUGCUCCUCCGCUUGAUACAUUAACUACUGCUUCUUCCACUGAGAAACUACAAUGUGGUACUUGUGGUAAAAUUUUCUCAAACAGAUUGAUCCUUAAAACACAUGAAGAGCACAUGCACCAGCGUUUACUUCCUUUUGAAGCUUUGAGCCGUUAUGCUGCCAACUUUCGUCGUAGCUAUGAUAGUCAUAACCCUUCAGGAGCUAAUUCCGAUAUACCAGUUACUCCACUGGACUUUUCUGUCACUUCUCAGCAUUCUCAUGCUUCUAAAGAGUUGGAGCAACAAGAAGUUAUACUUGAGCAUGGUGUUACAAUUGAACAGCUCAGUUUCCUGCAAAGUCUAUUUGAUUUUCCAGGGCCUUUGCUUGAAGAACAAAUCAUGUGGGUAUCUGAUAAAACUGGGCUGUCACCCGCAACUAUCAGACACUGGUACAAACAAAAAGAGAAUAUUCUUCAAGAAAAUCAGGAUGAAGAAACAGAUGAAAGCUCACGCCUUGAUCGCUUGGGUCAUCGUCGUUUCUCACGAACAAAAUUCUCUGAAUUUCAAACCCAAGCCCUGAACAGCUUUUUUGAAUCCAGCGCUUACCCUAGAGAUAGUGAAGUUGAACAGUUGUCAGAGUUGUUGGGUCUUUCUGGAAGAGUGGUGGUUGUAUGGUUUCAAAAUGCUCGCCAGAAAGCCCGAAAACAUGCUGCAGAAUCCGGGACCUCUCCUUCACCUCCUCUUCAUCUUGGUCAACCAGGUGAGCGUCCUGUUGCCAAUAGUAAAAUACCACCUUGUCGUAAAUGUGGUAUUACUCUACCUUGUAUAUUUCAACUAAUCCGUCAUCUGAAAAUCUGCUAUUAUGAUCACACUGAAGAAACAACUGAAGUACAAGAAAAGGAAGAAGAAUGUGAUAAAACUAAAACAAAACCAGAGCCUUUGCCUGACCCUAUUGACCACCAAGAGAAAGCAAUCAAAAGUGAGCAAGAAAAGCAAGAAAAUGAGCAAAGUAAUAAUAGUGAAGAACAAGAACCCGUGGCUCCUGUCACUAAAGGAAAUAUUGAUUCACCUAAAGUGAGUGAAGAAAAUAUACAACAACCUGAUCAAAUUGAUCAACCAGCAGAACAGAAUGAACCAUCCAACCUUACAAAUUCAGCUGAUCAGAACCAAAGCAAAUCAAUACUAGGUAGUACUCAUCUGUCAGCACCACUGAUGGAUCUCUCUCUCCUUAUCCCUGUUGGGUCUGGUGAUGUGACCUGUCAAAGAAAACGAAAACAUGAGGAAGAAAGCCUGUCCCCAACUGGUAGUGAAGGUGGAGAUGAACCUCCUAGAGACAAGCGUUUAAGGACCACCAUAUUACCAGAACAACUUGAUAUUUUACAUCGAUGGUAUCUGCAAGACUCUAACCCCACAAGAAGCACUCUAGAGCGCAUAUCUCUUGAAGUAGGAUUAAAGAAGAGAGUAGUUCAAGUUUGGUUUCAAAACACAAGAGCCCGUGAGCGUAAAGGUCAAUACCGAGGGGGGGUACCAUCAUCUGUCUCAGGUCCCAAGCAGCAAGAUGAUACUCCAAAUGAAGCAUCCAAACGAGAGGCAGUAAAUUACUAUUAUAGUGCUUCUUCAAACCAACUUGUGCCCCAGUUACCUGCAAAAUCGAGUUCAUCAACUGUGCAAGCUACGUGUUCUUCAAUAUUGCCAAAACCUCCAGCUUCUUGUAGUGGUACAAUAACUUCAGUCACAAAACCUCUGGUCAAUCCAACCCAAGCACUUUCAGGAUUACUUAGUGCCACACAAGUUUUACCUAGUCUAGUUAAUCCUUCACAAGCUUUAACUAAUCUUACCAAUUCUCAGGCUCUGCCUGGUCUUGUCAACCCACCUCAAGCUUUAUCUGGUUUAGUGAACCCAAACCAAACAUUUACUGGCCUUGUUAAUCCAGCCCAAGUACUCUCCAGCCUUGUUAGCACUUCACAACCUUCACAAGGUUUACUGUUGGCUUCAUUCACAGCUAAGCCUGCACCACCAAUUUUAUUGUCUUCAGCUGCAGAAGUUAAGUUGCAUUCCUCAGCUAGUCAGCAAGUUUCUGCCCAGACAUCAGGAGGGCAGGCUUCUGAGCCAGAAAAAACGUCAACUCCACCAUUUCCUGAUACUACUGAUUCUUCUAAAGUCAUAAAUUCAGAGCAGCAAACUACUGAGAACCAAACUGUAGAGAACCAAGGUACCAACAGCCAGAAAUGUUUAGAUGAGAAGGGAGCCACAAAAAACAUGGAAUCCCUUAUGCACAGUCCACAAGGAGGAGACAUAAGUGAUUCAUCAAGCUCAGAUCCCGGACCUUCUAGUCCUGGUAAAGGAGCUUAUAAUUCUGAAGGAUUGUUGGGUUCCUCUGGAGCAAGACGUUAUCGUACCCAAAUGAGUAGCUUGCAGUUACGGAUACUAAAGGCCUGUUACGCUGAAUAUCGUACUCCAAGCAUGCAAGAAUGUGACUGCCUUGGGGGACAAAUUGGGUUGCAGAAGAGAGUUGUGCAAGUUUGGUUCCAGAAUGCAAGAGCCAAAGAAAAGAAAGCCAAAUUACAGGGUUUGGUUGGUACAACCUCUACAAAUGAAGGCCCUCAACCUACAGAAUGUACACACUGCAAUGUAAAAUAUGGGCCUACCAUCCCAUGUCGUGCCCACAUAUUCUCUCGGCAGCAUAUUGCAAGACUGAGAGUAUCAAUACAACAGCAACUAAAGGAAGAAAGUCGAUACCGGGAUGCUCACCCAAGUGGAGGGGCAGCAUCUGUUCCUGAAAGCAAACCAGCCUCACAGAUUCUCAACUUUCAGAGUCCUGCUACUAUGACCCCUCAAAUCCAGAGGCUCACACCCUUGCUAAUGCCUGGUCAGGGCAUUCCUGCACCAAUCAGUGGAUUGGCAACUUUCAAUACAGGCCCUCCUCCCAGUCUCAUUGGGAUGACUUCCUCUGUACCUCCAGCUCUCCUUCCUCGUGCAGCACCAUCUGCCCCCACUUCUUCUCACACUACCAGUGAUACCACUAAGGACUCCUCACAACCUGCAUUGACCCCCGAAACCACAGGUCCCUCAGCUUUAAAGGCUGCUCCUCUGAUGGGAGCACCUUUCAUGCCUUUUUCACUUGCUCCAGCUGCCACUCCCUUGUUCACCCCCCAAAUACAGGGCCCAUACUUUCAACAGCUGUAUGGAUUAAAAAAGCGUCUAUUUCCAAUUAACCCUGUGAUUCCUCACACACUUCUAGGGCUGCUUCCAGCACCCCUCAAACUGGCUCCUGAGACAUCAUCAUCCCGCAAGCCAGAGCCUUCACAGAUGAAAGCUACAAGUGAAAGUGGUGGAAAUCAGGAACCUACGGUGGGAGAUGAAGAAAGUGUAGAGCGUGAUGAGGAAUUAGAAGAUGAAGAUAUUCCAAUGGUGGAUGUGGCAAUUAGGUACCAGUGCCAACGCUGCAAGACCUCUUAUGAUGAAGAAGGAGAAGCAGAGGCUCAUCAACGUGCAGGUUGUUACACUACCCCUCCUCCACAUCCACCUCCUCUUAGAGUGAGGGUCUGUACCUAUCACUGCCUCUCCUGCCAAGUACUACUGCAGGGUCCCGCAGCUCGAAGCCAACAUCUGAGGUCACAGCAGCACCGUGCACAAAGUGCAUGCAGUGAUGGAGCAUCUUCUGCAAUACCUCAACUCAGGCCAAAGAGUGCUGCUACCUCUGUGCUCAUGGCUUUAUAGAGACACUAUUGCUGUCUCACCCUUCAGCUUUGAGGCUGUCUCUCUAUUUUAUUUCACUUCUUGUGUAUGUUUCAUUUACCUUCUAGAGUGUUUGUGUCUGUUCCCUUUUAUGUGGUUGUCUCCCUAUUUGUUUGUCUGUUACAAAAGAAGCAUUCCCUCACUCAAGAAUGCUUCCUCGCCCCUUAACCUGCUGGAGGUACACUUCCAUGCUCUCAUGACUGUCUCCCUAGCUUAUACAUGUGUCUCUCCAGCAGGGAAGUAUACACAAAGAACAUCAAAACACAGGCCAAAAAGAAAAUGAAAAACCCUUAAACCUCUGCAUAUAAAUACUGAGAACCCAAAGCUUUUCUGCAUUUCCUGAACCUGGUGCCAAAACAAGAGUGAACCCUCCCCCUGUCUAUGAACUUUUAACCCAAACUUCCUAACUUAGGGAGAGGGAAUGAUUAAACAAUAAACCAAUGAACAGGGGGAGGGGAAAAACAAAAUAUAACCAAAAGUUCCAAGACUUAUGGAACCAAACAAGAGGCAAUGCCUGCUCUCCUGUCACACAUGCAUGUACACAUGUGUGUACAUAGAGAUUUUGGGAGUUUUAUUUCAAAUAUGGAAUACAGCACCUCUCAACCAGUGACUUGAACUUUGUAAUACUUGGGAGUGUUAACAGCACUCCAUGAACUCUCGCUGUGAUGCUUUAACCAUUUGUGGAGGGGACAAGGGAAGGGCUUUAUCUCUCUGGGGAGGGACAAUUUUUCACUCCCUUGCUCCCCUGUUUUGCUCUCCCCAUACCUCACUCUCAAUGUUUUAAGCUUGGGGGUUUUGGGUUUAUUUUGGGGUGGGAGGGAAGGGAUUGGGAAAGUUAACCACCAAACAAGGUAACACAAGUAAAAAUACUGAACACAAAAAAAUAAAUACAACCUUUUGAAUCCAAAGUUACAUAAAAACAAAGAACACCUUCACACCAAAAAAAGAAAAAAAAGAGAGAAAGAAAAAAUGAAAAGGAAGAUUGGCAUUGGAAAUGGACAAUGAUUUGUAUUAUGAGUUACAGAAGAAUGCUGUGUGACUACACUUAGUUCAUCACUCAGAGCAGCAUGGACUCUACAUAGGUGUACAUAAACAGGCAUGUGUUUGGUAUGGACUCUUCUGUUAUCUGAACAGUCUAGCUUGGGUUGCUAACACCUAUUCUGGAAGAACAUCUAUAUAGAUUUUCUUACAUUCCCCUCAUUUAUCCCAAGUCUUCCUUUCUUUUGUAUUGUGUAUAAUUCCAUUACUAUCUCUUUCUCUGAGUACAGCGUUAAAGCAACCUGUAGAACUACAGCUGUUUUGGACUGAUAUAGGUACCAGUACAAAUAAGAUGAAAGUUGGCCAUACCUGCCAAUGUUAACAGGACUGACACACUUUUGUAUGUAUAGUGGAUAGAAAAGAGGAUUUAGACAUGUUACUUUUCAAAAUGCCUGAUCCUUUGUUUCUGUGGGGAAAAAGCUGUUGCUGGAGGAGUCUGGCAGUGACUUAUUCCCCUUUUCCCUCUAAAAACAUAUCCAGGGUCCUGGGAAUAACCAAAUGUGUGUUCAGCCAGCAACUAAUAUAAAUUAUAUGGACAAUGAUAUGUCAGAUAAGGUAUAUUAGUUUUAUGGCACCUUCACUGUGUAUUUAUCCAAUGUGUGCUGCAAAACCUCAAGUCAUUAAAAUAUACGUAACCUAUUAUUCAAAAAUAAAUUAUAUGGACAUGAUGUAAGGCAAGUGUACAUUAACAAAGAAUAAGCAUACCCCCUUCCCCAUAAGAUAAAGAUAUGCAAGAAACAAAGAAAAUAUUGAAAUGAAAAAUUUCUGCCAUGAACUUGCAUUCUUUAGUUAUAAAACCAAAUCUCAAGGUGUGCCACAGCUGUAGAUCCACAGGGUGCAUUCUAUUCUACAUACUCAUUGGAUGUUACAUAUCUUCACCCAAUUCACAAUGCCCUUCAUUUAUCACAUGUCCUUUACAUUUCCUGCUUGCCACAUUUUUUACCUUUUUAAAUUUAAUGGAAUUGCUUGCCCUUUGUAUCACUUUCCUCUUUUACAUACCCUUCCAUAGCCAUUCGUUUAACUCUUAUCAAUAGCUUAUCUAGCUAUACUUGUUCUGUGGAGACUCCUUGCAAAUAUAUCAAUAUGGCUUAUACUGUCCCCUACCGCUCACAUAAAAUGUAGACACUCUAACAUAAUAAAUGAGUAUGUUCCUUCUCAGUUCCUUGGUUUACAAUGAAUUGUCCAUAUUACUCAUAACCUAGAAUGUCUUUGAUUGGUCAUAUAUCCACCCAAUUCAGCUAGUUGUCCUUAAUGGCCUAUAAACAACCAAAUGCCAGCUGUGAUAUCCACCAAUAACAAAUAAAUAUAUUUACACAGCGUAGUCUUCUAAGAUACAAGAUUUCCUGAUUUAUAUCCAUGUUAUGGUUAUUGAAAAACAAGUCACGUUAUCCAAUAAUGACAAGGUUGCUAUCAGCCUAAACAAAGCACAGGACACAAGAGGAUCUCUGACAAUGCGCAAAGCCUGCAGUAGACUGCUCAUGCAAUGUGAACAUUCCCAGCUGCUCAUGGCUUGAAUAUUUUUCAGUGCACUUCUCAAGUCCCUAUUUCUUACGAAUGUGAAUGCACAAGUAUAAUUUUCAAAUUUAACCUUCAACACCAAUACAUUAGGAAACCAUCCAGUUCAUCAUUGUUAUUAUUUAUUAUUAUUAUAGACUAAUAAGUGAACAUAUUGAAUUUCAAAACCACAGAUCAUGGUGGAAGUAUUUGAUUUCCAAACGUUUCCUUGAAUUAUUUGAUAUUUGGCUUAUGUAUUACUAAGCAGAGGCUAUUUGCUGCACACUGCCACAUUACGGAAUAUUUCAAUGGCUUUAUAAAGUAACUUUUUCUCUUUUUAAAAUGUUUCUUAAAAUUUAGUGGACACCCCCGUUAAGUGAAAAUUCUGAAACAUUUUUGUGGUUUUCACUUGCUGUGUGCAUGCAUUACAUUUUUUGGGGCUGAAUAUGAUGCUCUUAAACAUAAACUUCCUUGCCUAGCAUAUCUGACAAACUUUAAGUAUUAUGCCGAUGCAUCAAAUAAAUAAUAAUAAUAUUUUACAUAGAUGGCAGAUGCGUACAGUUUAUUUCUAAAGAUUAUCCUUAGACUCGUCUUCCCCCUAGAACGUAUAACUGAUUCUUUCAUAUCAAAAGCAGUAAAACAAAUAAGCAUCCAUUGACCUACUAUCCAUCUUACUUGCUCUUUGUCUUCCUUUUUGUUGUUUGCUUUUCUUUUUCCCCCAAAUCAAACUGUUAGAUAUGAAGGUUAUUACACUACAGGAUACACAAAGAGUGGCACAGAUUGGGCCUUGGACUUGCUCAUUACCUUUCAUAGAUCCUGCAAGUCAUAUCAUUUAACAUGACCAGGAUUGCUUUACUAACCAAACAGACUAACUAGCACCAAAGCCGUAAAUCUGACCUUUAAAGAGCACAUCAUGCCAGCUCAGUGUAGGACAUAGCUCAUGCUCUUCCUGUAUCUUUUAGCCUGUCUAGUGACCAGCUGCUCACCUAACAUGGAUUGUCGCAUGCAAAGAGUUUGAGGAUUUCCUCAGAGUGAUGUAUAAAUGGUUAAAAAAAUAUAAAAAUCUAAACUUAAAAUGUCAAUAUGGUGUUUGCGUGUUUUGUAAAUCAUUAUGUCUACAAUAAAUCGACAACAGGAUGUUGUCUCUCCUUCAAGCCACAUGGGUAUAGAUUCAGAAU